AGGAGGCGGUAAAGGAAAAACCAGCGGGGCAUGUCUGCAACCCUGCGCACACGCAACUCUUAAUAUAAAGCGACGGUAGCAAGUACAGGCGCAUUUCCCUAGCGUCUCUUGCGCAGGUGUUUUCCUUAAGUGUAGUGACAAUAUGGCGACAUUUUUUUUUUUUAUUGUUUCGCUGUACGCGGCCUGCGCAGCACCUCAAUCAAGACUCUAUCACCAAGCGGUACAAUACCAGCAAAUAAAUCCUUUGGACUACUAUUUAGAUAAUCCCGAAGCCAGGAACUAUUACGAACAAGAACAAAAACAAGUUAACGCAAACUCCCAUAAUGCGCCAGCGCGCCUUGAGACGCUAGAGCCUGACAGUGAAGUUGAGCUUAUACCUGGAGCACAACAACCUCAGCAGCCACCACAGCAGACACCUGUUGCACCCAAUAUACCAGGUUUGAUUCCCGGUCAAAGAGUAUUUAUUGUUCACAUGCCUGUUCCUGGGUAUAGACCUGGUACUGUUGGUGGUUACCAGCCAGUUUAUGUAGUAGCAGCAGCGCCACAAGCAAAUGCAGGAUACCCUGGAUACCAGAACCCUGUCCUAUUAGAUCCAUCUGGCCAGGGUGCUCCAGUACUUGGUUAUCAACCAGGAGCUCCGGGAGUUCAAGCUAAUCCAAAUUUAGCGGUUUCUUUUGGCAAUCGACCCUUCAACUUUGGAUAUCAAGCACCAAUCAUUGCCUAUCAGCCAAUAACAAAGGAUCAAGGUGAAGUGCCUGGCGCUCUGCGUCUCUCACAACUCGUCUCAUUACAAGGGCAAGUCAAACAAGCCAAUGAAGGUCGCCAAAACAAUGAAAAUUUGUCGAAAGCUGAACCUAAAAAUGGCAGUCAGGUUACAAUGGAGUCCAAACAACAGGCCCAAAAUUCUAAGCCGUCAUCAGCUCAAUUUAAAAACAAGGCAUAGAAUGUUUUAACUUUUAUUUUUCCAAAGAUUUAUAUUUAAUUUUAUAUCACUUACUUCAGAAUACUUUUUCUAUUUAAAAAUGUUUUA